GAUUGUUCGAAGACUAGAACGAUGACGCUCGUACGACUGCUGCGGGUGGUAAUAGCAUCUCUCGCUAUGCUGGUGGCGGUGCCAGCGCCCUCGAACGCUAUGAUCGUUCAGCUGGAUGGACGCGUGGAGGAAUGUUUCCACGAGUAUGUGCGUACCAAGCGCACUGCCUUCAUGAAGAUUGGCGUGCUGGAGUCGAAGGGCACGUACGACGUACGACUGAAGGCGUACGGCCCGUUCCCCUCGUACCCGGAGGAGGAACAGGUGGACAAGAACUUCUUCGAUCACCUCGUGGUCACACCAUACGAUGAGACCAACCAGAACGUUGAGCACAGUGGCUUCAACUUUGAGUCGGAGCACCGUGGCGGAUGGUAUCGCUUCUGUUUGGGCAACAUGCACGACGGUAGCACGAAGACGGUCGAGUGGUACACAUCCUUUGACCUGUCGAACGAGGAUGAACUGGGCGAGGAGGACAAGCUGGACGAUCAGACUCGUAAAGAGCAUAUAGAAGGUGUGAAGACGUCGCUGGACCGAUUGCAGACGUUGCUGAAGCUCAUUCGCAAUGAGCAGGACUACUACCGUGCCCGAGUACACCGUCACGUUCAGACGCUUGAGAGCAGCAAGUCCCGCAUUAUCUACUACACGAUGUUCGAGUUGGCCGUACUGGGCGCCAUGUACGGUGGGCAGUCUUUCCUGCUACACAAGUGGUUCAGCGAUCGCGGCUACCUCUCCAAGCGCCAAUGGGCUUAAUUAAGCUGCAUGGUGAAGUGCAAAAGGUAGCGUAAAAUAGUGAUGCUUUCUUCGCAGCUGACGGGAUGGAGGCGAGCUGAGCAAAAAUCCAUCGAGACAAGUAGCGAUAGAGAUUCCCAAUACCAAAAUACCUGUUUUGCUGUCAGCUUACGACGCGUGCAGUCUUGUUAACGAACGAU